AAAAACUUGAUAUUAUCUGAUGUUGACAUGGACAUGAACAUGGACACCAGCCUAGACUACUCCACUAAGUUAAAAGUACCUCCUGAUCUAAUUUAUAGUAAUUAUUGACCCGCUUUCAGAUUUGACGCUGUUUUUCAUGUUAGACAUGUAAUAUUGCUUAUCGCCCCGCGAAAGGAACUACAUUAGUGUUGCCGGGACAUCGGUACGUAUGGGGUGAACAUUUAUCAGUGAACAUAAUUAACAUUUGACAUCGUGAAAACUGUCAUCCAUAUUUUGUGUUGUCCAUUGCUGGUUACCAGAACAGAAAGACAUUCUUCAUUUCUGUAGCUUAUUUCCAAUUGGACUGUUUCUUUUUUAGAACUUUCUCUGUACUGUGUCAUAAUCGUGUGGAAAAGGGUAGCCUUCAUUGCUAUACUUGCAUUCAACAGAAAAAAAAAAUGGAGUGUUUCUUCUUUAAGAGUUUCUCUGUACUCUGUCUUAAUCUUGUGGAAGAUGGUAAAGCUAAUUGGACCAUUUAGAUCUCUGUAUCACAAUUACUUCAAGUCCUUAGGUGGUCCCAAACAGCGAAAGCCAAUGAAAGUGAUGAGUUCUCCUGCAUUCGCUCACCAAGGCUACAAGAAAACUCUGAUCAUCAACGAGUUUGUUCUCUCUCUGAUAUUCACUCAAAUAGCAACCUUCAUAUACUUUCAACACACAAUUCGAAUGCAUUAUAGUCUUUUCUCAAGAAGCCAAAAGGAGGAGGAACUACAAGUUGAUGUUGCCCAGAGAAUGUCUCCAAUGAUGAUGCUCAAGGACUUCUGAGCACUGAAGAAGACAGGGAAUUCCACAUAUAAGCAUAUGGAAGUGCUCAGUUCGCUUUACUGGUACUUGCCGAAACACGAGGAUGAGGAUCAUUUUUCUUAUGAAGAACAUGACGGAGCUCACUGCUGUGUAAUGGUGGAGGAAGAUAUUGAAGCCGAGUUUGCAAAGAUUACUGAAAUCAGCAGCUUCUCUGGGGACGGCGAAGAAGAGGAGGGAGAGGUAUUGCUGUUGAAGUUGAAUUACGAAGAGGUGCUGAGUGCCUGGUCGGAGCAUGGUCCUCUUUACACUGACGAUGAUCAUUACCUGCUUCCCAUGGCAGCCACUAGCGGCUGCUACUAUGUUAGUUCUUCAGAGAUGGUAGAGGAAAAGCGAGAAGGGAAGCUAGCUUGAUGAGGUUCAAGGAGAAGCGACGCACAAGGCUCUUCUUCAAGAAGAUCAGAUACCAAGUAUGCAGAGUCGCCAGAUUAGAGGGCAGCUUGGCGAGAAUGAUGAGAUAGGAUUGGUGGUGCCCUGGUGUGAGCAGUUGAGCGUGCUGUGCCACACUUCCGUUGGUGGGUUCUGGUCACAAUGUGGGUGGAACUCGACCUCCGAGGCCAUCUUCGCUGGCCUCCCCAUGCUCACCUUCCCCAUUCACUGGGACCAGGUCUUCAACACCAAGCUGGUUGCGGGGGAUUGGUUGGAGCUUCAAUAGGAAGGCGUCGAGCACAUGGUGUCAAGGGAAGAAAUUGGUGGGCUCGUCAGGCGGUUCAUGGAUCCGGAGGGCGAGGAAAGCCAAAGCAAUGAGGAGGAGAGCAAAGGAACUUCAAGAGAUAACCCGAAACGCCGUCCUGAAGGGCAGAUCAUCAGCACUGCAUUACUUGAAUAGCGAUGUCCUUUAAGAUGUUUGCUUUUGAUUCUCCAGAAAAUUAUUAUGGUUGAUUAGUAUGCCAGGACCACAAAUGGGGCAUGAAUUAUGAAACGACAACGUCUGGUGGAUAAAAUUGUGUCCCUAUCUCAAAAGUUCAAACAGAUAAAUGAGUAGGGAACACUGAAUGAUAGCACAUUCCACUACCCAGUUAGCCACAGUUUGAAUAUGCGAUGAUGCAAUUCAGCUUA